AUGCAACCUGUUACUAAGAAUUCAAGUCAACCGCGUCGUUCAACAGAAUUUAUAACUAGUAGUUUACCAGCUUAUAAAUGCGGUUGGCUCUAUAAACGAGGUGAACAUAUCAAAACUUGGCGUCCACGUUAUUUUUUUCUGUUUCAUGAUGGUCAUUUAUACGGUUAUCGUAAAUCACCAGCUGUUAAUGAUAAUCAACAAGAAGAACCACUUAAUAAAUUUCAGGUUAUUGAUUGUAGUGUUGUUCGACAAGAUAAAAUAAAACAAAAUGCUUUUGUUAUACAUUUCAAUCAAAUGAAAAUUGAAAGAUUAUUUGCUGCUGGUAGUCAUCAAGAUCGUGAAGAAUGGAUAGCAGCAAUUGAAAUAAUUAAUCGACAAACAACACCACAUUUACAACGGCAAUUACCAACUAUGAAAAUGGUUACAGAUGAUGAUGUUGAUCAUACAGACAAUGAAUAUCCAUCAAUGAAUGAAGUAUUUGCACGACGACCACAAAUAAACGAUUUUGAAUAUUUAAAAAUACUUGGUCGUGGUACAUUCGGUAAAGUUGUUCUAUGCCGGGAACGUACAACACAAAGGAUAUUUGCAAUGAAAAUGUUACGUAAAAGUCUUGUUAUAACAAAUGAUGAAGUUGUACAUACAAUAGGUGAAAGUAAAAUUCUUCGUCGUAUUCGUCAUCCAUUUAUAACAAAUUUAAUAUGUGCAUUCACAACAAGUGAUCGUCUUUGUCUUGUUAUGGAGUAUGUUAAUGGUGGUGAACUUUUUUUUCAUUUAAAUCGCGAAAAACGUUUUUCGGAAGAAUGUACUAGAUUUUAUGUAGCUGAAAUAGCUUGUGUUAUUGGCUAUCUUCAUUCAAAAAAAGUUAUUUAUCGUGAUGUUAAACUUGAAAAUAUUCUACUCGAUCGUUAUGGUCAUAUUAAAUUAGUUGAUUUUGGUUUAUGUAAAACAAAUGUACCAUUCGGACAAACGACUGCAACAUUUUGUGGUACACCACAAUAUAUAGCACCAGAGAUUCUACGAAUGACAUCGUAUACAAAUGCAAUCGAUUGGUGGGGAACUGGUAUUGUUAUGUAUGAAUGUCUUGUUGGUCGAUUACCAUUUGCUGAUGGUAAAGGUCGAGAUGGUCUUUUUCAAAAAAUUCUUAAUCAUGAACCAACAUAUCCACCUGGUUUAUCACCAAUAGCACUUGAUUUAAUACAGCGAUUUCUUAAAAAAGAACCAACUGAACGUAUUGGUUCAAGUAUAGAAGAUGCUCACGAAGUUGAACGUCAUCCGUUCUUUUGUAAUAUUCCAUUCCAUCUCUAUGAAGAGAAAAAGAUUCCACCACCUUUUAAACCACAACUUGAUUCAGAUAUAGAUACACGUUAUUUCGAUCCAGAAUUUACCAAUCAACCAAUUUGCGUAACACCACCUGGUAGUAGUGAUUCUAUAAAUGUUCUUGGCACGUCAGAUGAUGCAUUUGAUCGAUUUACUUACGUUGGUCAUGAUGGUCUAAGUCAUAUUACAUCUCGAUCAGGUAUAUCGAUGGUAUCAUCAAAUGCUGCUUGUUCACAAUCAAAUAUAUAUCUUGUUGAUCCUGAUAAUUAUCAUAAAAAUCAAAAUGUUCAUAAUUUACCAGCACAAUAUUCUGUAUCAACAAUGAAUAUACCAUCAAUGGGUGCUGAUACAUCACCAUCAUCAUCAUCAAUGAUUAAAAGUGCAAUAAGUAUGCAACAAUUAAAAGGUUCAACAAUGAAUAUAAACAAUGCAUCAAAUGUUUUAAAUGAUCAACAAAAAAUGAAUAUGGAACAAGAUCAACCACAAACACAAUCAAUCUCAUCAAUACCUGAAAUUUAUGAACAACAAUUAAUGCAUGAACGUCUUAUGUGUAUACAACAAAUGAUGGCUAGCGGACAAAAUUUUGCUUCAAUGUUUAAUGAUGAUCCACAUUUUGCUCAACAAAUAAUGUCUUAUAUGGCAGCUGCUCAACAACAAAAUGAACCAGAAGUUAUUGAAAUAAUGGAUGAAUAA